CUCUCGGCCAAGCAAAUAAAGAAAUUGUCAAUGAGGCGAUCCGUCAUCAACAAUCUAUCAAGCGUCCUCAGACGAGGAUCUUUCGCCCUCGCCUCCAGCAGAUCAACCGUUUCGCGGGCUACGAUUGCCAGAUCAGCUCUCCCUCCCAUACAAGCUGCUGCACCACUGCGGCCUUAUUCCACAACCCGUACGUCACAAACACCGCGAAAACAAUGCCCAACCUGCUCCACCCCCCUCCCACCCUCAACCCUGCUCUGCACCUCCUGCUCCUCCCUAACCCCUCUUCCUUCCUCGACAACGCAUUAUGACUUAUUCGGAUUGAGUCCUCCACCGGAAGGACCCUUCGAUGUCGAUGGCCGGGCGCUUAGACAAAAGUUCCUAAAGAUGCAGCAACUCGUCCACCCAGACUCUUUCGUUAACAAAGAGGAGGGACAGAGGAGGUUAGCCGACACCUUAUCCUCGCACUUAAACAACGCCUACCGAACCCUCCUCACCCCACUACCUCGCGCAACAUACCUUUUAUCAACAUACCACGACAUCCACACCGACGCCGAUACUCCCCCUCCCGAGACGCACACCCCCGACCCAGCAAUUCUGAUGACCGUCCUCGAAGUCCGGGAGGCGAUUGAGGAAGCGCGGACGGAAGAGGAAAUCGAGGAGAUUAAGAGGGAGAAUGAGGAGAGGAUUGAGGAGACUGUUGAGGAGAUUGGGAGGGCGUUGGAGGGAGGGGAUAUUGAGGAGGCGACGCGAGCGGCGUAUCGGUUGAGGUAUUGGAAUGGGAUCAAGUCGGCGGUGGACGAGUGGGAGCCUGGGAAGAUGGUCAAGAUGGAUCACUAAAUCAGUCCUUCUUAGGCACAACAAGCAUGGUCGUUUCGCCAUAGAUUAAAAGCGUAGGAGCAUGCAAAGAAUCAAGAUAAUCAUACAACUGCA